UCGCUUAUCUUCCCAUCAACGUAUCACAAGGAUACCCCGUCAAUACCACGUGAACUUCAAACCUUAUCUUUUUUCCUAGCAGUUUAUAUUCGAAGCGAUGUCACAAGACUUCAAUAACCCGACUGAAAAUCUGUCUUUUUAUGCCUGAAGAUUGUGUAACUUUUUUCUAACUAGUUUCAAACCGAAAUUUGCUUGAUCAUAACUUCAGGUUUAGCACGAGUCACGAACUAUUUACUCGUGGAAGAUUUCAAACUUAUGGCUAAUUCUGGAUUAUCCACUGGAAAUGAUUACUCGAAAAUCGUGUUUUCUGUUAUUCAAUUGUUUCCCUUUGUUGCGCUUACAGUGAGUAUUGGGGCUUCAAGUCGUGUCCUGAUUAUUUUAUGUCCUGCUUCCAUGAUCACACUUCAUAGAUUCGAGACUCCCGCGAAGAGCAGAGGUUAUCUUGCCCUGCUGGGGAAUUUGGACGCUCCCCCGGGUUCUUUCUGUCUAUAAAAUUUUAUUAACUCUUGUCUAACCACUAAAGCAGUGAUUUAGAGGGCAGUUCGCUGUGUUAAUUUAUACGCAACUUUCUACAAGUAUUACGUCCUUUAGUUUCUGACUUCCAUAAGUUUUAACAAUUCAGGUGAACUGCUCAGUUUUUCAUUGAAGUCUUGCUUGAUGCUCUCGUGGACAGUUCAUAUUUUGGAGAUAUGUUAAGCAGCUUGCACAUGCGUGGCCAUGCAAUUUACCUGCCUAAUCAAUGCACAUUUCUGGUCGUUAAUGCUUAGCGAGCGUUAAACAAAAGUUCGAAUCUUAGCGCAACGACAAACUUAUAAGGAUAUUCCUUUUUUUGCGGGGAAUGAGGUACUUUCAAAGGAAUCGAGGAAAAGUGAUAAGAUUUUCAAUUAAGCAUAAGCAUUUGAUCCGUUAAUUAAAUUGGAAUAAUUGCCCGAUAUAGUCGCCGCUUUUUGUAUAGACUAUUAUUUUACCUUAAAUUCGCUCUAUCCAAGGUUAAUAGCAAAGUAUUCAGGACCAUUAUUGCAGCUGCAGUUGAUGAAACUUGGUUUGUCUCUACUCCGCUGUUCGUCUGUGAACAAGGUUGCCAUGGAAUUGACAGACGUCGUCCGAACUCUGAACAAGUUUGCCCCGUUGAGAUUUGCAGGUUCUUGGGACAACGUAGGACUGCUGGUAGAGCCUCCCUCUCUCUCGAACGUAUCCAGGAUGUUGUUGACGAACGAUCUCACAGAACCCGUUCUGGAAGAAGCUGUAGCCGGCAAGGCAGACUUCAUCCUCUCCUACCAUCCACCGAUAUUCCAGGCCCUGAAGAAAGUCACCCAGCGUCACUGGAAAGAACGAAUUGUUGGGACAUGCUUGCAGCGCGGCAUUGCUGUUUAUUCUCCUCAUACGGCGUAUGAUGCUCUUCAUGGAGGUGUUAAUGACUGGCUUGUCGGGGUUUUCGGUGAUGCCGUUGUUGAGCCUCUGGAACGUUCAACAUCCUCGUCUCCAUUUUCUCAUCAGCUCCAAGUCAUUUCCGUUGAUGAAUGCUCCACUAAGAAUCUUCAAGACGAGCUAUCUGCUCUCAAACAUUCUCCCUAUGCUAUUUUGUCUGAUGCGCAUCAAUUACCUGUCACAAUUUUGAGUUCCCAGAAAGAUUUGCCAUCCCUAAUCUCGAUUUUGAUUAAUUUCAACGCCAAAUUUGUUCUAAGCCACUGUGAAAACGUUCCAGAACUUCACACAGGCAUGGGAAGGCGGGCCACACUUUCUGCACCUGAGACCAUCGGAAGCAUUAUCCAGAGACUUAAGACCUUGACAGGUCUGUCUCACGUACGUUUGGCCCUUGCGAUGAAUCAUAGCCUAGAUACGAUAGUGAGUUCAGGUGCGGUGUGCGCUGGUUCCGGCAUUAGCGUUCUUAGGAACGUUCAAGCUGAUCUGAUCGUUUCAGGCGAAAUGGGACAUCACGACGUUCUUGAAUUCACGCAAACGGGGCGAUCUGUUGUGCUCCUCGAGCAUUCAAAUUCAGAGCGUGGCUUCCUAUCGGCUGUACUGCAGCCUAAAUUACAAUCGCUGUUUAAGAACAGAAUUUCGGUGGUUGUGUCCCAAAAAGACCGCGAUCCAUUACAGAUCGUCUGA